AUGAAUAAAAACGAAGCUGCUUCGCCCCAGGCAGAUGACUACCCAAACUUCAACCUUGGCUCCUACCACCGACCCAUCGCCACAUCCUCCCCAGCCGCCCAGCGAUGGUUCGACCGCGGUCUAAUCUGGUCCUAUUCCUUCAAUCAUGGCGAAGCAGCACGAUGUUUUGAACGAGCAGUCGAAUGCGACCCCGCCUGCGCACUAGCCUACUGGGGCAUUGCAUACGCCAUCGGACCGAGCUACAAUAUAGCCUGGGGCUUCUUCGAUAUCCCCAGUCUCCUAGAAACCGUGGGAAAGGCAUGGGAUGCGCUCAAUGCCUCUCAGAAACAUGCUACGCAUGCAUCCCCACUCUUCCACAUGCUGCUAAAAGCCAUCGCAACUCGGUUCCCUACCCCGGAUACCAUCCCCGCUCCUACUGAGAUGAGACAAUACAAUCAGGCUUAUGCAGACGCUAUGCGCGUUGUGUAUGAAGCCUACCCAGAUGAUCUCGACGUGGCAUCGUUGUUCAUUGAGGCGCUUAUCUGCGUUAAUCCGCGCGAGCUGUGGGAUAUGAACACAGGUGAAGCGAGCAGCGCACAUACCCUCGAGGCGAAGGCGGCAAUCGAUACUGCAAUGGCACGUCCGGAGGGUCGAGAGCAUCCUGCCCUGUGCCAUCUGUAUAUCCAUCUCAUGGAGAUGUCGGCUACGCCUGAGGUGGCCCUGCCUGCUGCAGACAGACUGCGUCGUAUGAUCCCGGAUGCGUCGCAUAUGGUGCACAUGCCUGCGCAUAUUGAUAAGGCUGUUGGUGACUAUCGCCGGGCAAUUGAUUCCAGUGAUGAUGCUAUUGUAGGCGAUGAUAUGUUCUUCGCCACAUUGGAAGCAUCUCCGCUUUAUGUGGCCUAUCGAGUGCAUAACAUUGUCACGAAGCUGUACUGCGCUCUGAUGUCUGGUCGGUCGCGAGAGGCCAUGUUGGCUGCGGAUAAAUUGGACGAGGUGGUUGAUGUGAAAUUACUGGCUACUAAAUCACCCCCAAUGGCAGACUGGACGGAAAGUUUCUUGGGCAGUCAAGCGCAUGUUCUAGUGCGGUUCGGUCGCUGGGAAGAAAUUCUCCAGUUAGAACUACCAGCACCACAGGACCGAGACUUAUACUGCUGCAAGACAGCUAACGUCCUAUACGCCAGGGGCCUCGCCUUCAGCGCCCUUGGACGUAUCCAGGAGGCAGAAGUCGCCCGGCAGGAGUUCGAGGAGGCGCGCAAGCGGGUGCCGAGAUCCCGGAUAAAUAAUUUGCCUGUUCGGCAGGUCGAUUUCCUUGCCGUCGCAUCUUUCAUGUUAGCAGGUGAGUUGGAGUACCGCAAGGGGAAUAUUCGAUUAGCCUUUGCAACGCUGCGUCGGGCGAUUGAGUUAGAAGAUGGCCUGGCGUACUGUGACCCGCCGGCGUGGAUGCAGCCCGUGCGGCAUGCCCUAGGUGGGUUGCUGCUGGAGCAGAAGCGGGUCCCCGAGGCGGAGCAGGUCUUCCGGGAGGACCUGGGCAUGGCGCAGGGGUUUCCGCGGCGUAAGGGCCGAUUGAAUAAUGUGUGGGGGUUGCAUGGACUGCAUGAGUGUCUGGUGGCUUCUGGGAAGAUGUAUGAGGCUCGUGUUGUCCAGGUGCAACCGGAUAUUGCGUUGGGGUCGGCCGAUGUGCCUAUCUCGACUUCGUGUUAUUGUCGCUUGUCUGCGGUUAAUGGAAAGGGCUGCUGUGCUCGUCUUUGA